CUUGUUACCAUAGAUACGCAACGACUCGCCCGUCCGUUUGUGUUUUGUGUUUGGUCGAAGUUGAAUUUUUAUUGUCUGUAAUUUUGUCAUUUUUGUCUUAAAAUGGAUGACACUGGAAGUUUAGAAGUCAGGUGGGUUCAGAGUUUCACAAACAAGACUAUCGCGUUUGUCGACAAUAAAACAGUAUGUUACACGUGUGGGAGUCACAUCUGUUUCCUGAACCUGGAGACGAAAAUGCAAAGUGUGCUUCAGAGUCCUGGCAGAGGCACUGGUGCGUUGACAGCCAGCGGCAACAAUAGGAUUUUUGCUUUCUCUGAGCAAAAGCUAUCCCCAUCUAUAUUUGUGUACACUUACCCCGAGUGUCAGUUAAAGAAUGAACUAAAAGGAACAGCACAACUGGACUACACAUCUCUGACAUUAAGUGACGAUGGUCCUUAUUUGGGCUGUUGUUCCUCUCUUCCAGACUUCACCAUAACAGUGUGGAACUGGGAAAAUGCUGAGCCACUUUGUACGCAACCACAAGUUGGGCGUGAUGUCAUUUCCUUGGUGUUUAACCCUCUGAACUGGCUCCAGCUUUGUGCUUUGGGCUCUACCUCCCUCACUGUCUGGAAUAUUGAGAAGAGUGCCAACUUUCAUAUCAUGAAACCAAGUGUGAUAGAGCUUCCGGCGACGGAUGGUUCCUUUGUGAUGCCUAUCUCUCAUGCUUUCACCAACAAAAUGUCCAGUUUUGGUCCAGAGAUGCCUCUGUCAGCCAUCUCAGGCCUCAAGGGAGACAAGGCAGAAAGCAUUCUGACUAAACUCUGCACCAAAGCCAGAUUGACUCCUACUGCCAUCUGCUGGACAGCCACAUCAGAGCUCUAUGUGGGCUGUGAAGAAGGCUUUCUGCUUCUUGUUGACACAGAGAGCCUCUCUGUCUCAGUCAUCUUCAACCCCACAGCUCCCGAUGCCAUCCCUGAACUCAGACAGACCAGCUUUCAAGGUUUAACCCUGAACAUGGUGAAUGGUUUGGUCGCUGUAGGAAAGGAGAAUGUGGUACACUGUCUGCAAAUCAAAGGGACUCAGAUUGACAUCACACAAAAAUGGCAUUUAGAAAGACCCGUCACAACAGUGAUGUACUCCCCCAACUAUGAAACUUUACUUUUAUCUUCUGAUACAGGGCAAAUCUAUAUGUUGAACGCAACCCAGUCAGAUGAGAUUGUGAAGGUCUUGGAUGUUCUCAGUGGCAACUUUGUGGCAGCAGUUUUGUCACACACUGACAAGAAAAAUUGUGUGUCAGUGAGGGAUUCUGGAGAACUGCAGCUGUGGUCUCCAGAAGGCAUUUGCCUCGGCUCUCUGUCUCUUCAAACUGAGGUGACAAGUCUGGCCUGCUGUCUUGUUGCACAAUACGCAGCUGUUGGAACAGCUUCAGGAAAUGUCCUCUUCAUUGACCUGAACAAAGAGCAGCAGCCUCGCCUGGUCCACCAGGUUCAUCUCUACCACACUCCUGUGGAUCAACUAGUUUUUGAUCAAGAGGGGCACUACCUUCUCACCAGUUCCUCAGAUUCACAUAUCUAUGUACUAGAUGCAAAGCCAUCAAAGAGGUUUUCAGUCAUAGGAUAUACAGUUCUUCCUGGACUCAUUCUGUCGAUUUCCACUCAGUGCAUCAGAGACUGUGGGCAGGUGAAAGCUCUUGCACUGUGCACCAAACAGGAGGGCAAAAAUCAAGAUGGUAGCCUCCUCACAGUGCUCUCUCUGCCUGUGAAGGACCUUGCAGAUCCAGAUUGUGUAGACCGAUAUGGCUGCCUGUCUACUAGCAUCCUCCAAGUGUCUAGAUACGAAGUGCCUGAUCCACUUAAUGCCUGUGUUCUGGGAGUCGGUGAGGUCUUUGCUUAUUGCCACAAGAGGAAAACCCUUCAGCGAUUUCAGCUUCCUCAGGACACAGACACCAGUCAGCUGGUGGUCCAACUGAAACCAGAGCAGGAAGUGAAGGGUCAUCCUCUGGGCCCUGCCUCUCUCGCUCUGUCUCCUCACCACUUAUGGCUAGCCUCUGUGGGCCGAGAUGGCCUAUUACGCAUCCGAGAAACUGCUUCCAUGGAGUGGUACAUUGAGCUGCAAUGUCAUUCACACCGUGUUGGUGGAGUUCGGGCUGUGUCCUUCUCUGCAGACAGCCAGACACUCCUCACUACUGGCUGUGACGAUGGCUCUCUUGUGUGCGCUAAUCUCAGAAUUAAAGGUGAAGAUGCUGGUAAGGUGAAUGAAGCUACUCAGUAUAGCCGGUCUAUGGAUUAUUUCUUGAAGAACAAAUUCAAGACAGAAAAUCGCGUCCUCAUUGACUUGCCUGAGUGGGGCCGAGAGUGUCCUGCUGCCACUAAAAACCCAGAGGAAAGUGAGGCCAGCGUUGGAGCAGAGAUGACUGUGGAUGUGACAGAGCAGGAUGAGUGUUAUAACAGCCAACUGUCUGCUCCACCUUCACACCCCACCUGGCUGGAAAGCAGGCGAGAGGCGGUUAUAAAAGAAGACAAUGAAAAUUAUUCGGAUAUAAAGGAAAUCCUGAGAAGAGAGUUCCAAGAGUCACGUGACACUAUCCAGGAGAUGAUAAAUGAAAAUGAGACGCUCCCAGAAAACGAGCGUCUUGAACUAUGGGAGUUCAACCUGGACGUUGAGGAGCAGAAGAGACUGGACGCCAUGGUGCAGGAGGAAGUUACCAGGGUGAGAAAUGAAAUCGAAAUGGAGAUUUUAGAGAAAAAAUACCUCUGUGAUGUCCUGAAGAGAGAGUACUGGGAUUCUAUGAAGGUCAAAGGCAGGGCUGUGAGGGCCUUUCACUCUGAACAUGAAGUGAAAAACUACCCAAUGAAAGAGCGAACAGGGAGAGAGGAGGAAGAGCUUCGCAUGGUUGAGAACAUGAGGAAGCUUGAAAAUGCUGCUUGUGCUCAGAGCAGCCUAAAGACAAAUCCCAACACAACCGUUGUGAAGGAAGAAAAGCAUGCAGAGGAAGGUAACGAGGCAGAGAGUGCUGGUGUGACGGGAAGUCUCUCCGAUCAGUUGGGCUGUUCAAAUCCUUACCUCUACAAUCAGUUCAGUCUGCAUACCACAGAACAAAGGAUCAACCAGAUAAUUCUGCUGCAGGAUGUGAUUUAUCGCGUCAAGACAGCUUUCAACGCUGACUUUGACGCCGCGUACAGGCUGAAGCUGCAGGAGCUCAACCGUGUGAGGGAGAGGAACAGACAAAUCACAGGGAUCAUGCUGGAUCUGGACAUAAACGAGAAGCUGUGGGAGCCCAGCCUGACCAACAGCGAGCAGCCAGAGAGGAUGUUCACCGUGGACGACUCUGAGAUUAAAGCAGAAAAGUACCUCACACCAGAACAGAAAGAGGAGGAGGAGAAGAAGAAGUUGGAAGAGCAGCGGUGUUUGGCUGCCAAGGGUGAAAACCUCAGAGACAGGGCUCUUGAUUCGAUGAUGAAUGGAGUGCUUGAAGUGAAAAAAGAGGACAUCUUGAAAAUGGAAAUACCUCCGCCUGAGUUUGUUUUGACCAAACCUGACAUCCAGUGGAGCGAGGAGGAGAAAAAAGAAUAUAAAAUCUAUGAAAAUAAAACCAAAAGUCUGGCUGUGGAGAAGGAUAAAUACAAAAAGUCACUGGAAACAGAAAUGAGAAAACUGCAGAAAACCAAUGAAGAAGCAACCAAAAAGUUUGAUGAAACUUUGAUAAAACUGUUUGAGAAGAAAAUUAAAUCUGAAAUGGCAAUAUAUCAGGAAGAGUUCAAGAUUACUUAUCUUGUCUACUCAGUCCUUGUCGAGGAGGAGAUGAGAAAUCAAGAGCUGGAGCUCAAGCGCAAACUUGAAAAAACAGUGGCACACAAGGAUGAGAUUGGGCAGGAGGUGAAGAGACUUGAUGAAGAAUUAGAAUUGUUUCAAGAGAUCUAUGACAGCGCUGUAGCUGAGGAUAAAGUUUUUGAUAAAGAAUUCAGGAAGGAGUUCUAUGAUGUACCAAACAAUCUGAUUAAUCAACUAUACAAGUUAUUCAAGCGCAGACCCAGGAUUCAAAAGAUAAGGGCUCAGACCGACAACUCCAACCUGUUUAAAGAGAAGCAUCUGUGCGCCUCUCUGGCUCCUGAUGCGUUCGGCGAAAUGCUGAAGGCCAUGGAGGAGCUGGAUGCUCCAGAGAAUAUGCCAGAAGGCUUGAACCCAUCGAUCUGGGAGAGGUUUUGUCUUGCCCGCAGAGCAAAAGCAGAGAGUGAGCAAAAGGUAAAAGUAAAAGCUUUGACUCUGGCUGAGAUGCAGGCGUUCCUGCAGAAGAGGAGAGAUGAGGAAAAAGACGCUCAACUGGAAAUCAAAAAUCUCUCUGAAGAACUUGAGAGUCUGCAUAAGGAAAAGAACGACUUCCUGACGAACAUCAUGGUCCAGGUCCUGCUCAAACAGGGCCAGGUGGAGGUGUCUACCACAGACCUGACUGCUGACUACAGCGACUCUGUACUUCUCCACAGGAGUUUGGUGGAGGACCUCAACAGAAACAUCAGGACACUUGGAGAGGAGAAGAUAGCCUCCAUGGAUAAAUGUAAAAACGCUCGUAAGGGCAUCAUCCAGCUGGAGUGGGAGCACAAGAUGAGGAGGAUGCAGAUAGAAGAUCUCAACAACAAGGCAAAGGACAUCCAGAUGUUACAGCUCUCUGAGGUGCAACGGGAUUAUCUCAACAUGACAGAUCGAGACACACGUGACUCCAAGGAGCUUUCCACUUUGGAGAAAACUAUUGCUUUCAAGGAAAAGACUCAUGAACUGAAUGUGCAGAAACGCCAAAAGAAGAUUAAACAGCUGAACAAGCAGGCGGCGAAGAUAACCGAGAAGAACGCUACAUUAGAACAGCACCUACCUGAUUUGCAGGUGGAUGUGGCAAUGAGGACGCACAUCUACGAAGCCACUGUUUCAGAAGAAGGUCCCGCAGAUAAAGGUGAGAAGCGCUACCAGGAAAUCGUUCAGAGGAGGAAAUUGGAGGACUUAGCCAAAGCACAGGCGGAAGAUCUGGCUUUGCUCAUGAGAGAAGUGGAACGUCUGAGGAGGAGGAACUUCCCUUCACUUGAUCAGCUGAAACACAAAUGAGCAAACACUUCUUCUCCAGCAGAUAACACAACUUUAUUUACUCUUCUCUUAACGUUUAUCUGUUAACGUGUAACGUACAACUGAAGCUGUGAAUAAAAAAAGGAACAGCAGCGAUAAAUAAAACCAUUAAUUCAC